AUGGUCGCAUUCCGCUCCGAGAACUACGCUUCCCGGCAGGCUGCGCGCCGCGCGGUGACGCACUUCCUCCAGUUGUGCCUCUUUCUUGUGGCGCCCCCAGUGGCCCGCGGUACGCGUUCGAAUCCGUUUCAGACACAGUGCUGCUACUUUGUUGGGUCCGUGCGUGCGUGCGCGCGCAGAUGUGGGCCCCGCGGGAACAGCAUCUGGGCUCGGCUACUGAAGGUGAGUCGGGGCAGCAAGACCGCCUCCCCCACCCCGUGCUCCAGCCGCAGGCGCCGCGCAGGCGUCGGCCGUAUCCGCGAGAGGUCUUACCAUAAAACAGGAGCCCAGUCAGCCCUUCCUGUGACUUUUCUGACUGGAAACUUUCUGUCUUCAGCAGAAUCAAAGCCAGAAGUCCACACCUGUCCUUCUUGCCCUCUGGCCUUUGGCAGUCAGCAAUUCCUCAGCCAAGAUGAGCUACACAAUCAUCCUAUUCCAGGUUUCCAUGCAGGAAAUCAACUCCACCCAGGAAACCCCUGCCCAGAGGAUCAGCCACAGCCACAAUGUCCUUCUGAUAAAAAUCACAGGGGGGCUGAAGCAGAAGAUCAGCGAGUGGAAGGAGGCGUCAGACCCUUGUUUUGGAGUACAAAUGAGAGGGGGACUUUAGUGGGUUUCUCUAGCCUAUUCCAGAGACCACCAAUAAGCUCUCAGGGAGGCAACAGAAUAUUAGAGAUACAGCUCAGUCCAGCCCAGAAUGCAAGCUCUGAGGAAGUAGACAGAAUUUCCAAGAGGGCAGAAACCCCAGGGUUUGGAGCAGUCAGGUUUGGAGAGUGUGCACUAGCUUUUAACCAGAAGUCAAACCUGUUCAGACAGAAGGCAGUCACAGCAGAAAAAUCUUCAGACAAAAGGCAGUCACAGGUGUGCGGGGAGUGUGGGCGCGGCUUUAGCAGGAAGUCACAGCUCAUCAUACACCAGAGGACACACACAGGAGAAAAGCCUGAUGUCUGCGGAGAGUGUGGGCGAGGCUUUAUAGUUGAGUCAGUCCUCCGCAACCACCUGAGUACACACACUGGGGAGAAACCUUAUGUGUGCAGCCAGUGUGGGCGAGGCUUUAGCUGCAAGCCAUACCUCAUCAGACAUCAGAGGACACACACAAGGGAGAAGUCAUUUAUGUGCACAGUGUGUGGGCGAGGCUUUCGUGAAAAGUCAGAACUCAUUAAGCACCAGAGAAUUCACACGGGGGAUAAGCCUUACGUGUGCGGGGACUGUGGCCGAGGCUUUGUAAGAAGAUCAUGUCUCAACACACACCAGAGGAUACAUUCAGAUGAGAAGCCUUUUGUUUGCAGAGAGUGUGGGCGAGGCUUUCGUGCUAAAUCGACUCUCCUCCUACACCAGUGGACACAUUCAGAGGUGAAGCCUCAUGUGUGUGAGGAGUGUGGGCAUGGAUUUAGCCAGAAGUCGACGCUCAAAUCACAUCGGAGAACACACUCAGGGGAGAAGCCUUAUGUGUGUGGGGAAUGUGGGUGGGGAUUUAGCCGGAGGAUAUUCCUCAAUGGACACUGGAGGACACACACGGGAGAAAAGCCUUACACGUGCUUUGAGUGUGGGCGAAACUUCAGCCUCAAGUCCGCUCUUAGUGUACAUCAGAGGAUACACUCUGGGGAGAAGCCUUAUGCAUGCACGGAGUGUGGGCAAGGCUUUAUCACGAAAUCACAGCUCAUCAGACACCAGAGGACACACACAGGAGAAAAGCCUUAUGUCUGCGGAGAGUGUGGGCGAGGCUUUAUAGCUCAGUCAACCCUCCACUACCACUGGAUUACACACUCCGGGGAGAAACCUUAUGUGUGCAGCCAGUGUGGGCGACGCUUUCGUGAUAAAUCAACUCUCCUCGCACAUGAGCAGACACAUUCAGGGGAGAAGCCUUAUGUGUGUGGGGAAUGUGGGCGGGGAUUUGGCCGGAAGAUACUCCUCAACAGACACUGGAGGACACACACAGGAGAGAAGCCUUACGCGUGCAUCGAGUGUGGGUGAAACUUUAGCCACAAAUCCACUCUCAGCUUACAUCAGAGGAUACACUCGGGGGAGAAGCCUUAUGCUUGCACGGAGUGUGGGCGAGGCUUUAGGAGGAAGUCACAGCUCAACAUACACCAGAAGACACAUUUGGGGAAAAGCUUUAGAGGUGCAAGGAGUGAGGAUGUGAUUUUCGCAAGUCAGCCAUCAGCCACACCAGCAGAAAUGCUCAGGGAGAAGCCGUGUUUGUAAGGUAAUGUGGACAGAGCUGUACGUGGACAUCAUUCCUUGUCACAUGUCAGAGGACACACUCGGGAGAAGCCUUCUUCAUGGGGUGAGAGUAAAGUGUUGGCUGGAAGUGGCCCCUUAAGAGAUACUGGGAGUCAAAUCUAUCCACUGUACACCCACCCCACUCUCGUUCUAAGGGCUUUGGGGACAGCCUUCUGACCACUUACAUUCCUGCAGAUGUGAAGAUGGCAGAGAUCUAACUUCUGAGGGCAGAGCUGUCAAGUGACGGUCUAGAGGAAUGGUCUUUGCAUCUGACUACUUCCUCCUGCAACUGUGUUCUUCCAUUGGCUUCUGUGACACUCUCCUGCUUUAUUUUUUUCUACAUCUCUAGCCUUUGCUCUGUCCUCUCCUACCCCACCUUUAGAUUUUACUCAGAGUUCAGUUUCCAACUCUACAAUCUGAGGGACUCCUUAACCAGGUCCCCUUCCUAACCCUCCAGUCCCAAGUCCAAGAUUCUUUAACCAUACUCUAAAAGUUCUUCAGACUCAGGACUUAAACGUCAUAGCCACACCACCUUGGCCUUCAAUGACAGGGAUCUAGCAAUGGCACAUCAUUGACCUUCCAAUACCAGGUUUAAGAGUUUUUAAACACAGCUCCUCUUAAAUCGUCCAAUCUCAGUACCCAGUGUUUUAGCCAUGCUCGGGUGGCUAAAUUACAUCCAGGAAUAGUGCUAGGGCCUUUAGCCAUUUGUCUCUCCUCACACUCCCAGGGCCCAUAUGGCCCAGGUUCUGACAGUUUACCUUACUCCCUUGGCCUGGGGCUGGCCCUACCUGACACCCUGUGUCAAUGAGUGUACCUUGGAGAGCUGUCCACUCAGGCCCCAGUGCCUUUAUUUGCUAAGAGACUGCCACAGAAAAGAAGGGGAAAGAUGUUUGUGUAACCUCAAAAUACUUAGGCUUGGUUUUGAUGCUGGAGAGGAAGAAGGACUUGGAGAGAGAAGGAAUGGCUGAUCCAGAGGCUUUUGUCCACUCCCUCUCACUGGAAGUGGUUGAUCUCCAGGGAAUCCCCAAGGUUAGCCUGGUUAGGGGAAGGGCUAGGGGUACCUGGAAUGUAGGAUCUCCCCACUGCCUGGCCUACCACCCUAAUGCCCAUUUCCCAUGGCCUGAGCUAAAAGCCACAGGAAGUGUCCAUGGCCUGAGCUAAAAGCCACAGAAAGUGUGCGUAUGUGUGUGUGUAGGGGUUGCUGUGCAGGGGAACGGUGGGACACCAUCAUUCCACAAGACCUCGAAGUUACUUCUCCCAUAGAAAAACAAAAGUGGAAAAAUUAACGAUCAAACAACUACUUUAAAUAUGAGGGGGAGAAAAAAGUGUUCAUUUUCUAUUAAAAUCCAUGUAGGUAUUGUAGAGACACCGCACAGGUCUGGUCCGGCAGGAGGACUGUCAGGUCCAGGCAGUCACAGGAAGAGACUGUAAGAUGCAAUAAGUCUUUCUGAAUUUCUCUUCAAAGGGUUUAGCCUGUUAACUUCCUUAUCCUUGUUCUCAAACUCAACUUUCUUGUUCUUCCUUGCCUCUAGUUACCGUAAACAGCCUACUCACAUCUGUUCCCUUGGUUACCUGUACCCAUUGUUCCUCCGAAACUACACACUACACCUCUAUACCUCAUGUCCCCCUCCCCUUCUAUAUUUAGGAAAAUAUGUACAAGUGGCCAAUUGGGUCAGCUCAGAUUGUGCGGUCCAACCCCAGCCCAUGGGGGAGUGACACAGAGAUAGGGACUGUGUUAAGGAUAAAAAACCCCUGGUCUCUCUUUCUAUGUGCUCGUGUGAUCUUAAUUGACACAGGUGGCACCCUUCUGUAGAAGUAAAUUACCUUGCUGAGAGAAUUAAACUUUUGCCUGAGUGCUGGUUUUACUUCAUGGCACCGAGCAUUUAUUCCUGGAGCAUUUUAUAUCCAGCAAUUCUAGGGGCUCGUCCGGGAUCCCCAUUCUCCUUUGGGAAGGGGUCUUCAGUCAACCUACCCAGGGGAGACACAACCCACCGCCCUGUUGCCGUGGCCUUAGGGACAGGAGAUUGAGACCCACCUGUUGUGACAAAUAAACCUGGACGGACUGUCAACAACGUGGGGAAGAAAGACUUGCAAUACUGCGGUGACCAGGUAGAUGCACAGACCAAGGUAGAAAACAUCGCAGGGGUGACAAAAUACUUCUCUAGUGGUUUUGCGGGGUUCGGGGCAUUCUGGAGGUUGAAAGUGCAUGAGGCUGGGCGCGGUGGCUCAAGCCUGUAAUCCUAGCACUUUGGGAGGCCGAGACGGGCGGAUCACGAGGUCAGGAGAUCGAGACCAUCCUGGUUAACACAAUGAAACUCCGUCUCUACUAAAAAAUACAAAAAAAAAAAAGAAAAAGUGCAUGAAUGGUAACAAGCACUACUGCUGUGCGGAGUGAGUCCAAUCUGCGGUUCCAUGGUCAUCUCAUAUGGCUUAGGGUGGCCCUUUAGGGGUCCUGUCUGGGAUUUAUACUGACCUACCGUCAAUGCUAAGAGUGACCUGGAACAUGCCCUCAAGGGAAGCAGCCAGAGUGGACAGUGAAAGAAGGGUGCAAGGAACCUCCAGCAGGUGGAGCUAAAGGAUAGGUGAAUUGAGCCUUAGCAAAACUUUCAGUGAAGGACAGGCAAGAGACCCCUAAUAUGAGGAGUUGAGCCACAAGGAAACCCCAAAUAGGCAAGAGAUCCCUAAUAUGAGGGGUUGAGCCACAGCAAACCCCCGCUAGGCAAGAGAUUCCUAAUAUGAGAGAUUGAGCCUAGCCAGGACCCAGUAUGGUAAAUAAUACAAGCAAAAAAA